AUGGCUGGGAGAUGCGACUGCCCAUUCGAUUCUGACUUUGUGCGAGCGAUCUUCAAAGGCAACCACACAUUAUUCAUUGGCGAUUCUAUAAUGCGCGGAGUCUACAAAGAUUUUGUUUGCAUGAUCGAAAAUCGCGACGAGCGCUUGCUGACCGAGACACAGUCGAAGGCAUUGCAAGAGCCAUCAUUCUACGAUGAUCGACAGAUUGACAUCGAGAAGUUUCAAAAGGAUCGUGUCUUCGUGCAAGCCCGAGAAUACCACAAACCAAAUUUCCUGCUACAGUUCCAUUUUACGACCAGAAUCUUUAAACACGACCUUGAAGCGGCGAUCGCACAGAUGGAGCGUGAUCAUCGGUUUCCGAGGAUGGUUUUCGUGAAUAGUUGUUUAUGGGAUAUUUCUCGCUACGAGGGGAUCGCCACGCGCCUCAAUGAAAAUGCGGUCGAUAGGGAUGGCGUUCGGACUCAACGGAAGGUCCUUGAAGAAUACGAAACGCGGGCUGGCUUACUCUUCCAGCGCCUGAAGCUCGUCCUUCCGGCUAGUUCCGCGGUCUUUGUCGUACUAGUGCCACACUGUGUGCCCACGAACGAUCGAUGGUUCUCGCGUCGUGACGGGGACACCCGCAACAACAAAGAUGUAUUGAGGGUCCUCUUCACCAAGGCGCAGUCGCAGUUGGCGCAGUUAGCUAGGUUACAUGGAUUUUCGGUGAUCGAUCUCGACUUUCAAAUGAGGUCUCCACAUCUAGAAGCCCUACGUGUCAGCGAUGGCAUUCAUUGGCAGCCGGAAGGGCAACGUUUGAUGACCCAACUGAUCGUGGCCCACCUUGCCCGCGACUUUGGCCUCAAAAUACCGCCCGCGACGGCCAGACGAUGUGAUCGCAUGUUCAAAGAUUGCUUUGACGACCCGGAUCUGCAGUGUGGGCAGUUUUUCGAUACAAUGCUCGAUACAUUGAACAAGGUGCCGAACCACGUGCACAGGGACCAUCUGGCGAAAGAGGAGCUCGCGGAUGUCAAGGAGAUCAACGACAACAAUAUAUGUUGUGUAGACAGCUACAAGCCUUACUACGUGAAGGAGCAGGCCGUCUUUCAGAAGUUGACCCUAAAGCAAAUGGAAGCAGCGAAACGCGAGGCCAUUCGUGAAGACAUCCAGACGAUGCGCAUGGGGUUGCUCAUACAGAAGAAUGUUCGACUGGAUGAGCGGGAUCUUGCUGCAUUUGAGAGCAUGUUGUCAAAGGGGCAACAGGCUGCUUUGAAGCCGUGCCGACGUGCAUUCCCCGGAGCGCGGUCCUUCUUGAGCUUCAAGGUGGAUUACAAGCAUUUGGAGUGGGAAGACGGUGAGCCAGCGCCCGAUGAUCCUGCUCGACCAAGUGCUUUAACGGCUUCCAAGGUCGCGCCGCAAUCGUCAAAGUGUGGCGAUGGACAAUCGUGGUUCCCUGCGGCCGUGCUGUCCUCUUCAUCAACAUCUCACGCGAGCACACUGUCUGCCGACCUGCGUAGCGAUCGGGAGAUCGAACUUCUCGCUAAUGCAGCUCGAGACCGCGACGUACGUGGAAAACACUCGAGGAAAAGAGGCGCUUCCCCAAUUCCCGGCCAGCCUAGAAACAAGGAGCGCCCUUGUUCGGACCGCAAGCUGGCUGCGGCUUCUCCGAAGACCGUGAAGUCACCAAAAAGGCCAGUUUCCCCUCAAGGGUCCGCGGACCUUGACUGCACGGUUUCCGAAAUCCCGCUACCAUCUGCGGGACUACGGACGGAGCAGCGGAAAGAAGACCCCGGAGAUGUCGUUCUUCAAAUAGCUCAGCAGCACAGAGAAGCAUCGCUACCGAAAGCAAUCGAGCCUUUCAACUUGCCUACGGCGCCGCCGAGUCCCCGGAAGCCUGCGAUGACCCAGAUGUCUUCAGUUCCAUCGGAUCCGGAAUCACCAACGCCAAUCACGAUCACGCUUUCGUCGUCUUCGGAAGAGUCCGUCAACUCGUCGAUGGUGGCGCUCCCCAGAUUGCAAUUUUUCGGGAAAUCUGCUGAGCGGCUUUCGCGGACUGGCGAUGAUGUCAAUGAGGCAAACGGCCAGAUACAGCCCCCGGGCACCGUUGCAUCAGCAUUGACCUUCAAGACCACUGGCGGAACAUCGUCUCCAAAAAUUGAAGAAGUUGACGUCGCCGAGGAGCUGCCUUCUCUGGCCGCUCUGAGCCUCUCCAAACAACCAGAUGUCCUUCAAAGAUCCACGGGCAAACCAACUGAAUCUCAAGAC